AUCCAGUGCACUGUUCGCCGAAAUCGCAACAUUUGGAACCCGAUUGCCCCUGCUUAAAACACAUUUAUCUGAUCUUAUUGCGACAACACGGUGAUAAAACAUGCCUCUGAGGCUGGACAUUAAGCGGAGGCUGACAGCCAGGUCUGAUCGAGUGAAGAGUGUGGACCUUCAUCCCACUGAGCCAUGGAUGCUGGCCAGUCUGUACAACGGCAGUGUCUGUGUGUGGAACCACGAAACACAGACCCUAGUGAAGACUUUUGAGGUGUGUGAUCUUCCUGUCAGAGCCUCUAAAUUUGUGGCCAGGAAGAACUGGGUGAUCACAGGAGCGGAUGAUAUGCAGAUCCGUGUGUUCAACUACAACACCUUGGAGCGGGUCCACAUGUUUGAGGCCCACUCUGAUUACAUCCGCUGCAUCGCUGUUCACCCAACCCAGCCAUACAUCCUCACCAGCAGCGAUGACAUGUUGAUCAAGCUAUGGGACUGGGACAAGAAGUGGUCGUGCAGUCAGGUGUUUGAGGGUCACACUCACUAUGUCAUGCAGAUUGUCAUCAACCCCAAGGACAAUAAUCAGUUUGCCAGCGCUUCCCUGGACAGGACAAUCAAGGUUUGGCAGCUUGGCUCUUCGUCUCCCAAUUUCACUUUGGAGGGUCACGAGAAAGGAGUCAAUUGUAUCGACUACUACAGUGGAGGAGACAAGCCCUACCUUAUAUCAGGGGCUGAUGACCGCCAAGUCAAAAUCUGGGACUAUCAGAACAAGACCUGUGUUCAGACUCUGGAAGGCCACGCUCAAAAUGUCUCUUGUGUCAGCUUCCACCCAGAGCUUCCUAUCAUUAUCACUGGAUCCGAGGAUGGUACUGUGCGUAUUUGGCACUCUAGCACUUACCGCCUGGAAAGCACACUGAACUAUGGCAUGGAGCGAGUGUGGUGUGUAUGCGGUCUCAGGGGCUCCAACAAUGUGGCAUUGGGCUAUGAUGAAGGCAGCAUCAUCAUCAAAGUGGGUCGUGAGGAGCCGGCCAUGUCUAUGGACACCAACGGCAAAAUCAUUUGGGCCAAACACAGCGAAAUUCAGCAGGCCAACUUAAAGGCAAUGGGUGAUGCCGAGAUCAAGGACGGAGAGAGACUCCCACUGGCUGUAAAAGACAUGGGCAGCUGUGAGAUUUACCCCCAAACCAUCCAGCACAACCCGAAUGGAAGGUUUGUUGUGGUGUGUGGAGAUGGAGAGUAUAUCAUCUACACUGCAAUGGCUCUGAGGAAUAAGAGCUUUGGCUCAGCACAGGAGUUUGUUUGGGCACAUGACUCUUCUGAAUAUGCCAUCAGAGAAAGCAACAGUAUUGUCAAAAUCUUCAAGAAUUUCAAAGAAAAGAAAUCUUUUAAGCCUGACUUUGGAGCUGAAGGGAUUAAUGGAGGUUUCUUGCUCGGGGUGAGGUCAGUGAAUGGCUUGGCAUUUUAUGACUGGGAGAACACAGAACUGAUCCGCCGCAUUGAGAUCCAGCCCAAACAUAUCUUCUGGUCAGACUCUGGUGAGCUGGUCUGUAUCGCUACAGAGGAGUCCUUCUUCAUUCUGCGUUACAUGUCAGAAAAAGUAGCCGCCUCCCAAGAGAACAAUGAAGGAGUGACAGAGGAUGGUAUUGAGGAUGCAUUUGAGGUCCAGGGAGAGAUCCAGGAGAUUGUGAAGACUGGACUCUGGGUUGGAGACUGCUUCAUCUACACCAGCUCUGUCAACAGACUCAACUAUUAUGUAGGAGGAGAGAUUGUCACAAUUGCUCACCUGGACAGAACAAUGUACCUGCUGGGUUACAUACCCAAAGAUGACCGUCUGUACCUGGGAGACAAAGAGCUCAAUAUUGUCAGCUACUCCCUGCUGGUGUCUGUCUUGGAAUACCAGACUGCCGUAAUGAGAAGGGACUUUGGAAUGGCCGACAAGGUGCUUCCCACAAUUCCAAAAGAGCAGCGGACCAGAGUGGCCCAUUUCCUGGAGAAACAGGGUUUCAAGCAGCAGGCACUGGCUGUGUCCACAGACCCUGAACACAGGUUUGAGCUGGCGUUGCAGCUGGGAGAAUUGAAGAUCGCCUACCAGCUGGCUGUGGAGGCAGAGUCGGAGCAGAAGUGGAAGCAGUUAGCAGAGCUAGCUAUCAGUAAGUGCCAAUUCGGGUUGGCCCAGGAGUGCUUGCACCACGCGCAGGAUUACGGCGGCCUGCUUCUCCUUGCCACAGCCUCUGGCAACGCAACCAUGGUGGGCAAGCUGGCUGAGGGGGCAGAGAGAGAUGGAAAGAACAAUGUGGCCUUCAUGACCUACUUCCUGCAGGGGAAACUGGAUCAGUGUCUGGAGCUGCUGAUCAAAACUAACAGACUACCUGAAGCUGCUUUCCUGGCUCGCACCUACCUGCCCAGCCAGGUGUCCCGUGUGGUCAAAUUGUGGAGGGAAAACCUGGCCAAAGUCAACCAGAAGGCGGCUGAGUCCUUAGCAGACCCUACAGAGUAUGAAAAUCUGUUCCCUGGGCUGAAGGAAGCCUUUGCAGCUGAGCAUUACCUCAGAGAGAGCUGCUUGGGCACCACCAGGCCAGCCAAAGAUUAUCCUCUGGUCACGCUCAAUGAAGACAGGAAUAUUCUUGAGGAGGCUCAGGGAUAUGAGCCCAAAGGAACGUUCCUUCCUCCUGUCACCAAGACACAGGAUAGUGAGGAGUCCACCUCAGUGGCAGCAGCUCCUGAAGCUUUCAUGCCUUCACAGCCUGAACCUGCAGCUCCUACUCCACAGGAGGAGGAGGAGGAGGAGGAGGAGGAGGAGGAGGAGGAAGUAGAGGAAGAGGAGGAGGUAGACGAAGAGGAGGAGACGCAGUCACAAAAAGAUAAGUGUUUGGACGAGCUGGAAGUGGACCUGGACAACAUGGAGCUAGAUGACAUCGACACCACAGACGUUAACCUGGAUGACGACUUUCUAGAUGAUUGAAACCUUCUACCACUCUGCUCCUCAGCACUCGUCAGAGCUUAUUUAAAAACAGAGAGAGAGACCAAACACCCCUUCCCUUCCUUUUUUGUAUUUGUACGUAAAAAUAUUAUAUUGUCAUGUCCUCUCACUGCAGUGGCAGGAUUUGAGUAGAUGAUGAUGAUGAUUCUGAUGAUGAUGAUGAUGAUGAUUCUAUCAGUAAUGUUUUACUCUCAGAAGAAAAGGAGACAGAUCAUGUCUGUUUCCGACUCCAUUUUCUACACCAUUUAUUGAUCUUUGAGAGCCUUUCACUAACUGUGCAUUGAGCAAUAUGUUAUAUUUACUGUUUGCUUUGUGUUGUCUGUAAUGGCAAAUCAAAAUUCAUUAAGUCCAAUAAAUUGCGGUUGCUGUAAAUAUUCCAAUUUGGCUUAAGAGCAUUCCUUACUGAAGAUUUAACCACCAAGUUUUACAAGCGUAUCCAGAAUCUUUAAAAGCAUUCUAGGGCAGAACAUGAUGAAAUAUAAAUAUUGUUAAUGUAUUAAAAAAAACUGC